CAAAGAUGAGUAAGAUCGACGAAGGAGUCUCUUCCGAAAUUAAUGAUGAAAACCAACAAAGAAAGAAAAAGGUAUAUUUGAGUAGCCGUUGUGGCGUACACCAAUUUUGUGAGCUCAUCGACAGUUUAUGUGAUGGAAAAAAGAGGGCCAUUGAAGAAAUUGGAUUUGGUGCACUCUUGCACUUGAAGAAGCAUAAAUUGAAGUUGAAUCUUUUGGAGGACCUUAUGAUGAGAUUCAAUGUGACAACUAGUGAACUGAAUGUGCACGGUAAUCGAUUGUCUCUAAGUGUAGAUAAU